CAAGACUUUCCUUGUGUUAUUUGUCACACUCUUUAACAUAUCAAAAACUCAUCAAUGGCUUCUUCAAGUUCAAUUAUGAAAAGAUCAGAAUCAAUAGUCGAUACCAUGCCAGAAGCCUUGAGACAAAGCCGGUAUCACAUGAAGAAAUGCUUUCUAAAAUACUUAGAAAAAGGUAAGAGAAUGAUGAAACUCCACCAUUUGAUGCAAGAAAUGGAGAGUGUCAUUGAGGACAAAGAUGAAAAGGCUCAAGUCUUGGAAGGCUUACUUGGCUACAUUUUGUGCACUACCCAGGAAGCUGCCAUUGUUCCACCUUAUAUCGCCUUCGCUAUACGCCCAAAUCCUGGAUUCUGGGAGUUUGUUAAAGUCAAUUCCAACGAUCUAUCAGUCGAAGGGAUCACUGCCACUGAUUAUUUGAAGUUCAAGGAAUCAAUCGUUGAUGAAACUUGGGCUAAUGACGAAAACGCAUUGGAGCUUGAUUUUGGAUCAAUGGAUUUCAAAUCGCCUACAAUGAGCUUAUCUUCUUCAAUUGGACAUGGAGUUAAUUUCGCAUCAAAGUUUAUUACUUCGAAGCUUUAUGCUCAAUCUGGAAGCCAACAGCUGCUCGUUGAUUACUUAGUAUCGCUGGAUCAUCAAGGAGAAAAUCUUAUGGUGAAUGAAACACUGAAUACAGUUUCAAAGCUUCAAGCAGCUCUAAUUGUAGCUCAUGCUGCCCUUUCUUCUUUGCCUAAUGAUACGCCAUAUCAAAGCUUUGAGCUUAGGUUUAAACAAUGGGCCCCCGAUCCCGUAAACCUCGAGAAAUUUUUUAGCAGAGUUCCAAGCAUCUUCAAUGUCGUGUUAUUCUCAAUCCAUGGCUAUUUUGGUCAAUCUAACGUUCUCGGCUUACCUGAUACCGGAGGUCAAGUAGUUUAUGUUCUUGAUCAAGUUGUUGCUUUAGAAGAAGAAUUACUCCUCAGGAUUAAGCAACAAGGACUCAGUUUCAAGCCUCAGAUUAUCGUGGUGGCUCGUCUUCUUCCUGAUGCGAAGGGGACGAAAUGUAAUCAGGUGCUGGAACCAGUUAUGAAAACGAAGCAUUCGCAUAUCGUUAGGGUUCCAUUUAGGACUGAAAAGGGUAUUCUUCGUAAAUGGGUGUCUCGAUUUGAUAUUUAUCCGUACCUUGAGAAGUUCACUCAGGAUGCAAGUGCGAAAGUUCUUGAAAUGAUGGAAGGAAAACCAGAUCUUAUAAUUGGAAAUUACACCGAUGGAAACCUUGUUGCAUCUCUCAUGGCCAAUAAACUCGGGACGACAUUGGGAACAAUCGCACAUGCUUUAGAGAAGACAAAAUACGAAGAUUCUGACAUGAAAUGGAAGCAAUUGGACCCAAAAUAUCACUUUUCCUGCCAAUUCACAGCUGACAUGAUUGCAAUGAAUUCAGCCGAUUUCAUCAUCACCAGUACUUUUCAAGAAAUAGCCGGAAGUAAAGAUAGGCCUGGUCAAUAUGAAAGCCAUGAGGCGUUUACACUUCCAGGAUUAUACAGAGUUGUUUCAGGCAUCAAUGUCUUCGAUCCUAAAUUCAACAUCGCAUCUCCAGGAGCUGAUCAAACUGUCUAUUUCCCUUACACCGAAACACAAAAACGAUUCACUUCUUUUCAACCCGCCAUUGAAGAACUACUGUUUAGUAAAGUUGAAAACGACGAACACAUCGGAUACUUAGAAGACAAAACUAAACCAAUCAUCUUCUCAAUGGCAAGACUCGACACAGUGAAAAACAUAACCGGACUCACUGAGUGGUUCGGACAAAACAAGCGACUCAGAUCCCUGGUCAACCUCGUAAUUGUAGCCGGUUUUUUUAACCCUUCAAAGUCAAAAGAUAGAGAAGAAAUGGCAGAAAUUAAAAACAUGCAUUUAUUAAUCGAAAAAUACGAAUUAAAAGGUCAAAUAAGAUGGAUAGCUGCACAAACGGAUCGAAACAGAAACAGUGAAUUGUACAGGUUUAUUGCUGACUCAAAAGGCGCGUUUGUUCAACCCGCUUUAUAUGAAGCUUUUGGAUUAACAGUUAUUGAGGCUAUGAAUUGUGGGUUGCCUACUUUUGCAACUAAUCAAGGUGGGCCCGCUGAGAUUAUUGUUGAUGGGGUUUCUGGAUUUCAAAUUGAUCCGAAUAAUGGCGAUGAAUCCAGCAACAAGAUUGCUGAUUUUUUUCAGAAGUGUAAAGAGGAUGAUGGAUAUUGGAGUAGAAUUUCUGAUGGUGGUUUGCAACGUAUAUAUGAAUGCUACACGUGGAAGAUUUAUGCGAAUAAAGUGUUGAAUAUGGGGAACAUUUAUGAAUUCUGGAAGCGGAUAAAUAAGGAACAGAAAGAAGCGAAACAGAGAUACAUUGAAUUAUUUUACAAUCUGCAUUACAAGAAUUUGGUUAGGACUGUGCCUAUUGCUACUGAUGAGGUUCAAUCUGCACCAGUGCCAAAAGGAAAGCUUACAACAACGCCAACUACGAGACGUUCGCAAUCCACUCUUCAAAGGCUGUUUGGAGCAUAAAAGGUUUGAUGUAACUUCAAGAUCAUAUGACUUCAUAACUUCCUGUUCUUCCAAGAAAAUAUAAUUGAAAGAAAACAAGAUUCCAAUAAAAUACCCAUGAAUUAUUGUAAAGAGCGAGAGCUAACAUGUAUGAAGAAGAAAGAUAAUAAAGAAUUCACAUUCUUUGUCUACAUUGUGUUUUUAU